CGAGUCAUUUCAGACGGCAGGUGAUUCGUCCGUGAAAAAUCGUACUUUUUCACGGUUUUUCCGCGAAUUUUCGCGCUACCUUCGAGUCGCGUAGGAGAAUGCGCGCGGCGACGCCGCGUUGCCACCUCCUCCCUGUCUCCCCACCAGAAGCAGGCACAUCCUGAACGUUAGUGCGCAACCCGUCGCCGGCGUAGUAAUACUAGAGAGCUCACAGAGUAUAGACUCCAUUACUGUCCCGAGUGCGUUUCUCGUUGGCCGUUAGUAAAGCCUGUCUGCGGUUAUCCUCGUGCAACACGCGUCUCGCUCUCCCGUGGUGAAUUCUUGUGCAGUGAGCUCCCUCUUCACCCCGAUUGCCUCCACGGUUCACUAAGCCUACGAUAUGGCCGACCAACUCACAGAAGAGCAAAUCGCGGAGUUCAAGGAAGCUUUCUCGCUAUUCGACAAAGAUGGCGAUGGCACUAUCACUACCAAAGAAUUGGGCACAGUCAUGCGUUCUCUUGGUCAGAAUCCAACGGAAGCUGAACUUCAGGAUAUGAUCAACGAAGUGGAUGCUGACGGUAACGGAACAAUCGACUUUCCUGAAUUUCUCACGAUGAUGGCGCGUAAAAUGAAGGAUACCGACAGCGAGGAGGAAAUCAGGGAGGCCUUCAGGGUGUUCGACAAGGACGGCAACGGCUUCAUAUCCGCAGCAGAGCUCAGACACGUUAUGACAAACCUUGGCGAGAAGCUCACCGACGAGGAGGUCGAUGAGAUGAUUCGGGAGGCUGACAUCGAUGGCGAUGGUCAAGUUAAUUACGAAGAAUUCGUCACAAUGAUGACAUCAAAGUGAAUGCAACCUAUGCACUGGGAAAACUCGCGACUAGGAGUGGUGUUGACGUACUAAACAAAACAAGAUACAAAAAGAAAAAAGAAAUCCAAUCGAUAAAAGUGACAAACCUUGUACCAGGAUGCAAAGAAGUCUUUAAAACGCGAGAGGUCAACGUCCCGAUCGACAUGCAUUAUUCACCGUUUACGAUAAGUAAUUAAGGGCAAUUAAUUAUUUAAUUACAAAAAGUAUACCACCAGCCACCAUCUCUUCACGCAUGUACUUGCCGCGUGUGCACGCAUCGAAAAAGAAAGAAAAAAGACGUUCAUGCACAUUGAACACACACACACACACACACCACACAAAAUCGAUUACACUAUUGACACACUAUUUCGUGAGCGAUUUUUUCUUUCUUUCCCGGUAUAUAAAAAAAUGGUGUAUACGCGUAUAACACACUUUUAUCAAAAACUGCAUUUCCGCUUUCCAAUCUUUUUCUCCCUCGGCCCCCCCACCCCUCCUUAACCUUCCAAAAAAAAACCCGCUGUCUCUUUGCGCGAACGCGACUUUUUUCCUGUACCUAGUUGGCCGAGGAUACCAAUGCGCUCCGAAUCUUAGGAAACUUGUAUUUGUGCCGAGGCAAGAGGAGGUGCAUGAAGGGAAAAAAAUGUUUAAAACAAAAAUACAAGUUAAAAAAAGGAACAUCAGUAACAACAAAUUUAGUUAAAUAGAUGUUUUUCGUGUUCCUUUGAAUAAAGUUUGAUGCAUUUUUUAAAUUGAGCCUUAACGAUGAGAACUUGUCGGCGAAGGUGAGCAAGUAAGUGAGAAAGAGAGAGAGAGAGAGAGAGAGAGAGAGAGAGAGACAGACAGAAAGUGAGAGUGAGAUAUAUCGAUCCAAUUUGCCAUGAUUCAUCAAAUUUUGUUCAAAGCCCAGUGUAAUUUUUUUAAGAAAUAUAUAUGUAUACCGAGGUAAAUUAGGAUUAUUCCUUCCCAUUAUUGUUCAUCGUUUAUAAUACUUAUACGUGUCGAAUAUCGUUUGCGUUUUCUGUCCUAUUUAUACCGUUCAAUUGUAAUAAUUGUAUCCUAUUUCAUUGGAAAAGAAGGAAGGAUUCAAUUUUCCAAAGUUUUACUUUAACACCGUUGCCCAUAGCUCUAUUCUUUUUAGUAGCAUUCUGGCGCCUGUCGUGCGGGUUGUCAAUUGUCUUAGCGUGACGGGACACUCUCCCCGGCUCUCCUCCGACCUUCGCCGCCCCCUCCCCCUACCGCUGCCCUAAGUAUUUCAUAAUAGCAACUUAACGAAGUG